GCAUUGAUAACUCCCGUGCCGGGCCCGCCGCGGGCAGCCGGGCAGCGCGGAGCGGCCGCGCACGCCUGUCCCCGCAGCGCACAGCGCACCGUGAGUGCCUCGGGACUGGGCGGAAAGCACCGAGGGCCCGCGGAAGAUGCGGCGGGAAGGCGGGAUCCGCGCCGGGACAUCCCGUCGCUGAGGCACGCCGAGGAUGAGGCUGCCGCUGGCGCUGCUGGUCCUGCCGGCCCUGGCCGCCCUGGGGGCCGCCGGCGGCGGCGCGGACCGGGAGGCGGCGGAGGAGGCGCGGGCGGGGCGGUUCUCCACGCCGGAGCAGCACCGGUGCCGCUGGGAGCUGCGCUCGGCGGCGGGGGCCAGCGAGCUGCGGCUGAGCUGCCGGGCGGCGGGCGGCGGGGCGGCGCGGAGCUGCGCCUACCGCGGGGAGCCGCGGCGCUGCCCGGCCUUCCGCGCCCGCAGCCGCCAGUACUGGCGGCAGAUCCUGUCCCGGCUGCGGCGGCGGCAGCACCCCUGCGCCCCGGGAGCGCCGCUCCGCGCCCGCCUCUGCGGCCCGGGCCGUGCGCCGCCCGAGGCGCAGCUGCGCCUGCUGCCCGACCCCGGCCCCGCAUCGCCGGCCCCCGGCCCGGAGCCCACCGAGGACCCGGCGCAGACCUACUGCGCCGAGCGGUGGCACUCGCUGUGCAGCUUCUUCGUCGGCUUCUGGGAGGGCUGAGCCGCUCCGGCCGGCGGGAGGGAGCGCGGCCGCCCGGGCUCCGCGCCCGAACACUCCCGGCCUCGCCUGCCACUGUCCCCCGACUUUGUUCACUCUCCUCUUUUACUCCCCAAUAAAACGGUAACUAUUUUGUGACAA